CCGGCCUCCAUCUCAGGAUUCUCCCGUUUCUCCAUUCCUCCAGAAGCGCAAGGACGCGAUCCAUAGACAUACACUACACCGAGCCAUCAAACCAACACUUCAUCAGAUCGAUCGGAGCCGAGAACCGAGGCAACGAGGGAUCGUGCGAGAAAAAUUCAGAGGGAAUCGCCAGCGAUCGAGGACGAGCGGAAGGCGCGGCGAUGUUCUUCUUCUUCGUGGGCGGCGUGGAGCAGGGCGCGGGGCGGGUGCUCAAGGAGGCGGCCGGGCGGUGCGUGCGCUGCGGCGGCGCGGCCGACCUGGUGGAGACCGAGAAGGUGCUCAAGCUCUUCUUCGUGCCGGCGUGGCGGUGGCCGGGCAAGGACCCCGCCUACCUCUGCCGCGACUGCGGCCUCCUCGCGCCGGGGUCCCUCGGCGGCGGGGAGCCGGGCCCGGGACCGCUCCUCCCCCGCGCGGGGGCGGCGCAGUGCGGCGCGUGCAGCCGCGCCGUCGACCCGCAGUUCCGCUUCUGCCCCUUCUGCGGCUCCGCGCUGUGAAGCGCGCCAUGGAUGCGCGUUGCAGGCCACGGCCCAGAGAGGGACAGAGGUGAUGAUCCUCUCUCUCUGAACUCUGAAGACAGUAGUACGUACUAGGUUUGUGCAGCAGAGUUAUCA